AUGAGUAAAAUUCUGUCUCCUGGCUCCGUCCCUACAGUUUCUUUCUUAACUUACCUGUUGAAGAGUUGCGUCGACUAUAUCAGGCCACAUGAAGAGAGCAUAUGUAAAAGCAUCGUGAACCUGCUUGUUACUUGUUCUGACUCUGUCUCCAUUCGAAAGGAAUUGUUGGUAGCCCUUAAACAUGUUCUUGGGACAGAUUUCAAGAGGGGUUUAUUUCCUUUGAUUGACACACUGUUGGAAGAGAGGGUCCUUUUGGGAACUGGCCGGGCUUGCUUUGAGACAUUGAGGCCGUUGGCUUAUAGUUUGCUGGCAGAGGUUGUUCAUCAUGUUAGGGGAGAUCUCUCCUUGUCACAGGUGGAACCUAUUUUUGAAAAAGGUGUCGAUCAGCCUUCGAUGGAUGAAGCACGGAUUUUAUUGGGGCGAAUUUUGGAUGCUUUUGUUGGGAAAUUUAGCACUUUCAAACGUACUAUCCCCCAGCUACUGGAAGAGGGAGAGGAAGGAAAAGAUCAUUCUACACUGAGAUCAAAGCUUGAACUCCCUGUGCAGGCAGUUUUAAAUCUUCAGGUUCCUGUGGAGCAUUCUAAGGAAGUCAGUGAUUGCAAGCAUCUGAUAAAAACCUUGGUUAUGGGAAUGAAGACUAUAAUCUGGAGCAUCACUCAUGCACAUUUACCCCGGUCUCAGGUUUCUCCUUCCACGCAUGGUACACCUCCACAAGGGCUUGCUCCAACAGCCAGUUCAUCAAUACCGCAACCAUUCAAAGGGAUGAGAGAAGAUGAGGUAUGGAGAGCUUCUGGUGUAUUAAAGAGUGGUGUGCAUUGCUUAGCCCUGUUCAAAGAGAAGGAUGAGGAAAGGGAAAUGGUCCAUCUUUUUUCCCAGAUUUUGGCUAUUAUGGAGCCUCGAGAUCUCAUGGACAUGUUUUCAUUGUGUAUGCCGGAGCUUUUCGAAUGCAUGAUUUCCAACACUCAGCUAGUCCACAUGUUUUCUACCCUUUUGCAAGCUCCUAAGGUUUUCCGGCCAUUCGCAGAUGUUUUGGUUAAUUUCCUUGUGAGUAGCAAACUUGAUGUCCUGAAGCAUCCGGAUUCACCCGCAGCAAAACUAGUUUUGCAUCUCUUUAGGUUUUUAUUUGGCGCCGUUGCCAAGGCUCCUUCAGAUUGCGAACGUAUUCUGCAGCCUCAAGUGCCUGUUAUCAUGGAAGCUUGCAUGAAAAAUGCUACUGAGGUUGAGAGGCCAAUUGGAUAUUUGCAACUUCUUCGUACAAUGUUUCGUGCACUUGCUGGAGGAAAAUUUGAACUUCUGCUGCGGGAUUUGAUUCCUACACUGCAACCUUGCUUAAAUAUGCUAUUGGCCAUGCUUGAGGGGCCUACUGGUGAAGAUAGGAGGGAACUCUUGCUGGAGCUUUGCUUAACCUUGCCUGCACGCUUAAGCUCAUUGUUACCUCAUCUUCCCCGUCUUAUGAAGCCUCUAGUCAUGUGUCUUAAAGGGGGUGAUGACCUUGUGAGCUUAGGUUUAAGAACCCUAGAGUUUUGGAUAGAUAGCUUGAACCCUGAUUUCCUGGAACCAAGUAUGGCAAAUGUAAUGUCUGAAGUUAUUUUGGCAUUGUGGUCUCAUCUGAGGCCUGCACCCUUUCCUUGGGGUGGGAAAUCAUUGCAACUCCUUGGUAAAUUAGGUGGUCGUAACAGACGCUUUCUGAAAGAGCCUCUUGCACUUGAGUGCAAGGAAAACCCAGAGCAUGGGCUUCGCUUGAUUCUUACAUUUGAGCCUUCCACUUCAUUUCUGGUACCUCUAGAUCGUUGUAUAAAUCUUGCUGUGGCAGCUGUCAUGCAGAAGGACGGGGCUGUUGAUGCUUUCUACCGGAAACAAGCCCUGAAGUUUCUUCGUGUAUGCUUGUCCUCGCAGCUUAAUUUGCCAGGACAUGUUACUGAUGAGGGAUCAACAUCUAUACAGCUGUCAUCUUUUCUAGUUUCCUCUGUUGAUCCAUCUUUGAGAAGGUCUGAAGCAUCUGAUAUAAAGGCUGACUUAGGUGUGAAGACAAAGACCCAACUUAUGGCUGAGAAAACUGUGUUCAAGAUUCUCUUGAUAACCAUCAUUGCUGCAAAUGCCGAACCUGAUUUGCAUGAUUUGAAGGACGAAUAUGUUGAAAAUGUUUGCCGCCAUUUUGCAAUCCUAUUUCACAUAGACAAUUCCUCAGCUAACACAUCGGCUCCAAGUGCUCCGCUAGGUGGUCCUAUGCUUUCAUCGAAUUCCAGUGUCGGUUCAAAGUUAAGAAAUAGUACUUGCUCUAAUCUGAAAGAGUUGGACCCCCUAAUCUUUUUAGAUGCAUUAGUGGAUGUGCUGGCAGAUGAGAAUAGACUGCAUGCUAAAGCUGCUCUGAGUGCACUGAACGUAUUUGCUGAGACACUUCUCUUCCUUGCACGCUCAAGACAUGCUGACGUGCUUAUGUCAAGAGGAGGUCCUGGUACUCCUAUGAUCGUCUCUAGUCCAUCAAUGAGUCCUGUAUAUUCUCCUCCUCCAAGUGUUCGAAUACCGGUUUUUGAGCAACUUUUACCUCGUCUUUUGCAUUGUUGCUAUGGAAGUACUUGGCAAGCUCAAAUGGGAGGAGUUAUGGGGCUUGGUGCUUUGGUUGGAAAGGUCACUGUUGAAACUUUAUGCCUUUUCCAAGUACUAAUUGUUCGUGGGCUGGUAUAUGUUCUUAAAAGGCUCCCCAUAUAUGCUAGUAAAGAGCAGGAAGAGACAAGUCAGGUGCUUACACAGGUUCUCCGUGUUGUGAAUAAUGUUGAUGAAGCAAACAGCGAAGCUCGGAGGCAAAGUUUUCAAGGAGUUGUUGAAUUUCUUGCAUCAGAAUUAUUUAAUGCCAAUGCAUCUAUUAAUGUAAGAAAGAUUGUGCAGUCUUGUUUGGCACUUUUGGCAAGUAGAACUGGCAGUGAGGUAUCUGAGUUGCUUGAACCGUUGUACCAACCUUUGCUUCAGCCUCUUAUAAUGCGUCCACUUCGUUUAAAGACUGUUGAUCAACAGGUUGGAACAGUUACUGCUUUGAAUUUCUGCUUGGCUUUGAGGCCCCCUCUUCUGAAGUUGAAUCAAGAACUAGUGACUUUCCUGCAAGAAGCAUUGCAAAUAGCUGAGGCUGAUGAAACUGUGUGGGUUGUGAAGUAUAUGAACCCAAAAGUUGUUACAUCGUUAAAUAAGCUCCGCACAGCUUGCAUUGAACUACUAUGUACGGCAAUGGCAUGGGCAGAUUUCAAAACUCAAAAUCAUUCUGAAUUGCGUGCUAAAAUUAUUUGCAUGUUUUUCAAAUCCUUGACAAGCAGGACACCAGAAAUUGUAGCUGUUGCUAAGGAGGGCUUAAGACAGGUUAUUUUACAGCAAAGGAUGCCCAAAGAACUUCUGCAGAGCAGCCUGAGACCAAUAUUGGUUAACUUGGCACAUACCAAAAAUCUUAGCAUGCCUCUUUUGCAAGGUCUGGCCCGUCUGCUUGAACUUCUGUCCAACUGGUUCAAUGUUACAUUGGGUGGUAAAUUGUUAGAGCAUCUUAAGAAAUGGUUGGAACCCGAGAAACUCGCACAAUGUCAGAAGUUGUGGAAGGCUGGUGAAGAACCAAAAAUAGCUGCUGCUAUUAUCGAGCUUUUCCACCUCCUUCCUUCUGCGGCAGGGAAGUUCCUUGAUGAGCUUGUAACCCUGACUAUUGAUUUGGAAGCUGCCCUUCCCCCGGGACAGUUUUAUAGUGAGAUUAAUAGUCCAUAUAGACUUCCACUGACCAAGUUUUUAAAUCGUUAUCCAGCAGCGGCUGUUGAUUAUUUUCUUAGUCGCUUAUGCCAGUCAAAAUAUUUUAGUCGGUUUAUGUAUAUUAUACGGUCAGAUGCUGGCCAACCAUUGAGAGAAGAACUUGCGAAGUCACCAGAGAAGAUACUUGCAAGUGCCUUUCCUGAAUUUUUACCAAAAACAGACACAUCAAUGGCUCAGGGAGCUUUUACUCCACCUACAGCUUUGAUGGGUGAUGAGGGCAUUGUCACUCCUCAACCUGAAAGUUCUAAUCCGACUUCUGCCAACUCGGGUGAAACCACAGAUGCGUAUUUUCAGGGACUUGCACUGGUCAAGACUUUGGUUAAACUGAUGCCAGGCUGGUUGCAGAGUAAUCGUGUUGUUUUUGAUACAUUAGUACUUCUGUAUAAAUCACCUGCAAGAAUUGUCCGUUUGCAAAAUGAGCAGGAACUGAACCUAGUGCAAGUGAAAGAAAGCAAAUGGCUUGUCAAAUGCUUCCUGAAUUUCUUACGCCAUGAUAAGAGUGAAGUCAAUGUCCUAUUUGAUAUCCUCUCCAUAUUCUUGUUUCGUACACGCAUCGAUUUUACUUUCCUGAAGGAGUUCUAUAUUAUUGAGGUUGGUGAGGGCUAUCCACCCAACAUGAAGAAAACCCUCCUUUUGCAUUUUUUGAAUCUUUUCCAAUUAAAACAGCUAGGUCAUGAUCACUUGGUGGUGGUCAUACAAAUGCUCAUUCUCCCUAUGUUAGCUCAUGCUUUCCAGAAUGGCCAAAGUUGGGAAGUUGUGGACACCACUAUUGUUAAGACCAUUGUUGACAAGCUUCUUGAUCCUCCAGAAGAGGUCUCUGCUGAUUACGAUGAGCCCUUGAGGAUAGAGCUUUUGCAGCUUGCCACUCUACUUCUCAAGUAUCUUCAGAGUGACCUUGUUCAUCACAGGAAGGAACUCAUUAAAUUUGGCUGGAAUCAUCUCAAACGUGAAGACAGUGCUAGUAAACAGUGGGCAUUUGUGAAUGUUUGCCACUUCUUGGAGGCAUAUCAGGCGCCCGAGAAAAUAAUACUCCAGGUAAAGAAAGUUCCAACUGUUUCUUCAUGGCCACUUCAUCUUUGCUAUGAGGCUGUUUCUGCUUCCCAAAAGUUUCCAUUUUUCCUCAUAAUAGAUGCCAUUAGACAGGGCUCCAGAUGCCACCGACACCUACCUUUAACAUCCAAGAGAAAACUUAGUCCCCAGAUGAUGCAGUGCUUUGGCAAUCAAGUUGAAACUGCAGGUGUUUGUGGCGCUUCUUCGAACCUGCCAGCCGGAGAAUAA